GCAUGAGCGACACUAAUAAGCAAAAUAAGGUAAUAUUAAGAAUUUAAGAUGACAUCUUCUAUGGUCUCUUCCAUGGUUCUCUUUCUCCUUAUUCUUCUUGUGUUUCCGCAUAUGGAUAAAGCCCUUGGCGCACAAGAGGAAGUCAAGAAACAAAGUGGUGCAGGUGCAGAAGAGAUUUACCAUCCUAGUGGUUUUGGCAGUGGGAUUUUCCGCCGUAUAAUAAAAUCAUGUCCUCAUAUAUUCCCCAUUUGUCGUGGUGAUAUCCAUAUCCCAGAUAUCCAUAUACCUCCUCCGCCUCACAUGCCUUUGAAAGGCCGCAUUGAUCCUGCCGAUCAGCUCGUCCGUAAAUGUCUAAAAGACCCCAAAUGUCGCGCUUACUGUAAAAAAAACCCCAAGUAUUGUCACGCCCUUAUAUGUAAAACAUACCCCAAAGCCAAAAUUUGUCGUCCUGGUCAUGUCUGACAUUUCCAUAAAUCUCCUCCGUUCCACAGGACUUUCAAAGGCACACAAGGACCUGGUCAUUGACCUCACUCUAGCUUUGAAUGCGUGUGUGUGCGUGCAUGUUUAAUUUCUUAUAUUGUGGUUUCAUUUGGUUUGUGGUUUCUGUCCUUGUUUUAUCUAUGCAUGUGUUUGUCAUAUUUUACAGUUUUUCCGAACCGCUCCGGCGUUGCUAUAAUAAAUAAAACUUGUGUUUCCUUUUGUGUUCAA